AUGGACAUUCCAAAUGCAACUUCAAACAUUGAAUCUGGAUGUGGUGAAGGUAUUGCUGUGAAAAUUUAUAAGCGCAAAAGAGGUCCUUCUGACUCUGACGAUCAACCAUAUCGAAAGUAUGCUCUUGAUUUGUUAAAUGACCUUGAUGAACAUAAAAACUGUCUGGAUUUUGAUGAUAUACCAGAAUUUUAUGAAAAAUUUGAGAACCUCAUCAUCUAUUAUGAACGUUAUGGUUUAAAAUUGACCAAGGUCGGUAAAGGAUCAGUAGUAUUUUAUCUAAUAGCAAAUAAUCCUAAUGCUUUGAUGAAUCUGUGGGAAGUACAUUCUAGUGGGAAGCUUAUUAAAGAUUUAGCGGGAAUAUUAGUCCCAGAGAAACAUCAGCAGGAGUUCUUAGAUGAAUGGAUGACAUGCAUCGAUGAAACUGAAUACAAAGCUGCACUAAGUAACCUAAAAGCAAAAGAAAAGCAUGAUGAGCUCCCUAAACUAGAAGAAUCAAAACCAACUCUUGAAGAGAUGAAAGUACCAUCGUAUGAAAUACCAGUUAUUGAGAUCCAGCCACCUGUUGAAAUAUCAGCCACUGAAAAAUUUGUCCAACCUGAAUUCCGUUUUCAGUUGUCAUCAUCAGAACUGUCUUUUGCUGAGCUCGUCAAUGAGUCUUACUAG